CACAUAGUGGGCCUCGCAAGGUACCUAGGUACGUAUCUACGGUUCCUUUGUUGCCGCUGAUUGUAGAGGUACAUUGCACAGGGCAUUCACUGCAUGUCACCAAGUGUUGCAGCCUCAUCCAGACAACCAUGGCCCUCAAGCUCUCCAACGUGAUCAUAUUACUCACCUGUGUUCCGUGGUUGACGACUACCUCGGCUGAGCUUUCUUCUCAACCAGGCUCAAGGAACCCGGACAGAUUCAUCAUGUCCGAAUCACUGGAACCAUUUGUCGAGUCCCUCGAUCUGCCCUCUAUUGAAGCUGAGCACUUGAAAUCAACCCUGGCAAGAAGCACGAAUGCCAGCCCAGCACAUCGAGCCUGCGCAGCCGCCCAACUGCUUCUGGGAUCUGAUAUUGUGAACACACCGCCCGUGGAACAAUCCACCGUCGAUGGCAGCUGGUCUGAAGCAUGCAGGCUGUUGCCUGCCUGUGCCAUUCAACCCAGAAGCGCCCAACACGUCGCCACUGCGCUGAAGAUCAUCAGACAGUUCAACGUGCCGUUCGCCGUGCGCAGCGGGGGCCACUCGCCCAACCCUGGAUUUUCCAGCAUCCAGGAUGGUAUCCUAAUAGACCUCUCCCGUCUCGAUGGGAUCACUGUCAGCGACGAUAGAGCAACCGUGAGCGUCGGACCAGGCCAGCGAUGGGGCGAUGUUUACACCGCCUUGGAUCCAUACCAAGUCAGCGUAAUUGGUGGCCGCAUGCCUAACAUCGGGGUUGGGGGCGUGAUUCUUGGAGGGGGCUAUCAUCACUUCUCUGCGAAGUACGGCCUUGCAGCAGAUAACGUCAAGAGUUUCGAGAUCGUUCUUGCCGAUGGUACUAUUGCAACAGCAGAUGCAACGAAAAACAGUGACCUUUUCUGGGCUCUCAAGGGUGCCGGCCCGAACUUCGGCAUUGUGACAAACUUCGAGCUUUAUACCGUGCCCCUGAACAAGAUAUGGUAUGAGGUUCUGGUUGUCAGCAAUGAAGAUGCACAUGCUGUACUGGAUGCAUUCGUGACUUGGCAGAAUACCAGCGCGUCCUCGGAUACCAAAGGUACCGUCGGACUGGUCAUGGCAUUGCAGUAUAUCACGCUCGGGUUUGUGUAUUCAGAGCCCUCAGAAAAAAGGCCGGCGACCUUUUCUGCCUUCGAUGCCAUAAAACCACUUUCUGUUGCCGUUCCACCAACGAAUGGCACAGUAUCCAGCCUAGGGGCUAUCCUCGGCGCUAUGAAUGCACCAGGGCGUCAUGACUAUAGAGCUGCCUCCACGAGGAUUGACGCACAGCUGUACAAGGAUGUCUACGACUUCUGGCUCGUGAAAGCUAGAGAAGUCAACAAAGCCACUGGGGCCAACCAGACUUUUGCUGUUCAGCCUGCGCCAAUCGGGCUGGCCGAGGCUGGAAACGCGAGGGGUGGGAACGCCAUGGGUAUUCCGACACAAGAUCACAUGUGGUGGACAACCCUCGUUGACUGGGAGAAUGCCGCUGAUGAUGAGACUGUCCGGAGUGCAUCAAUAUCCACCACGGAAAAGUGGAGAGAACUGGGCGAGGAACGGGGGCUGCAUCUCGACUUCCUUUACACCAACGACGCGUCGAGGGACCAGAGCCCAAUUGCGACGUACGGUGCAGCUAAUGUGGCCAAGCUGAAGGCAAUCGCCCUCAAGUACGACCCCGAUCAAGUCUUCCAGAAUCUCCAGAAUGAUGGCUUCCUUCUUCGAAAAAUCUGAUAGUGCUGCUAGUUGUCAAUAGUUAUGAGUUGCGGUGAUGAGACGCUUCGCUCAGAGGGCGACUGCAAUUGGCCAGGAUCUGAGUUACGUACUUGGGUUUUGCUUGCUUGCUGUCAAGUUCAGCAGAUUGUUGGGGUCUCUCCUUGGACAUGGUCAAUUUGCAGUUCGGUAGCAAAGAAAUGAAGUUCUCGUACAUUCCCCCGGA